AUGAAACACGAGAGGCCUCUGGUGAAUUACAGCUUUUCUCCACAGCGAGCCGCCGGCCUCGCCGCCCACGCCGAACAGCGAGCUGCGGCAGCCCAGCUGCCCGGGGCUCCGCUCGCUGACACCGAGCCCCUCCGGCGGCUCCCCGGCCCCGCCUCCUCCCCGGGCCGUCACGGGCCCUGGCGCAGGCGCGGCUCGGCCAUGGCGGCGGCCGUGGAGCGGCGCCUCGCCCAGUUCCGCGCCGCCCGCGGCAGCGCUGCCGCCGCUCCGCGCCCCGCCGAGGCGCCGGGGAAGGCCGCGGCUCCGGAGGCCGCCGAGGGACGGCGAGCAGCCGCGGCGGGCCCGGGCGGCGGCGCUCAGGUCCGCGCCGGCGUGGCGGCGGCUCCGGUGUGGGCGCGCCCGCUGCUGCUGAAGGUGCUGCUGUGGGCCGUACUGCUUGCGCUGUUCGCGGAGCUGGAACUCGGGCUGCCCUACUUCGUCCUGUCCCUGCUCUACUGGAUGUACGCCGGCACCCGCGGCCCCGCCGAGCGGCGGCCCGGCGAGCUCAGCGCCUACUCCGUCUUCAACCCCGGCUGUACGGCCAUCGCCGGGACGCUGAGUGCCGAGCAGCUGGAGCGGGAGCUGCACUACCGGCCCGCCGCGGGCAGGUAGCGCCCGGCCCGGCGCUGUGCUGCUCCGGGACAGCCGCCGCGCCGAGGAAGGGCCGGGGCGUGGCGCAGUGAAAUGGGGUUUGUUCCUAUGCAAAAAGCCGCCCGAGCCUUACUGCUGGCCCCGUGUUCCCCGGCGGCGGCCGGUCCCGAAUAAAGCCGUAGCAAAGCAUGCGCUCUGGUCUCGUUUCCUGGGGCCGGGCAGCUGUUUCGGCCGCUGUGGAGCGGCCCCGAGAGGCACGGCCUUUGUCACAGCGGCGGCUGUCAGCUGGAGGGCUUCCGAGGGCUUCGCCACAGGUGACAGCAAGGCUGGCGUUUGACACCUGCAGUAGAAGGUGCAGCCCGCUGCUGCUCUCCUCUGCACCGGCUGGAAAUCGCGUUCCAAAGAAAGGACAUGAAGCAAUAGCCAUAUACCUAAAAUAGGCCGCUGCUUUGUUUUGCAGUGGUGUUUUUCAUCUAACACAAAUAUCAGAUUAUAAUUCCCUUUUUGCUUCACAUUACAGUUUUCAUAACUAUAAGCCAAAAAAAUACUUAUUCCUGGCAGGUGUAUUUGUAUGAUCCUCUGCUGUUUUUAAUAUGUAGAUCAUUGCAGUGAGCCAGACCUGAUCAGCAAAGUGCUCAAAGCAUGUAAAAAACACAUCAAUGGGGCAUUUGAGAACACGUUUUAGUGUUGAACGUGGUGGUGAUGCUACAUAGACAGUUGGACUUAAUGGUCUUAAGACUUAAUCUUAAAGGUCUUUUCCAACCAUAAUUUUAUGAUUCAUUAAGUCAUCACUUUGAAGAGCAGCUGCUAGAACUUAUCUCUCUGAGGACAGAGAUGAGAAGGAAAGUCACACAUUAGUCUUUCACAUCCCAUUCCAUUAUGUCUUUUCUAAUUUAACAGUUAAACACAUUGUUAAGGCUUGACUCAACCCAAGUU